UUUCUUACACGUCCCUGGUCUGGCAAAAGGGGGUAAUAAUUAACAGCUUCUGGGGCUUGAUGAUCCUGCGGAAGGGCACUGCCAGGUGCAGAGCUGAGCCUCGCAGAGCCUCGGGCCGUCACUCCCCCGCGCUUGGCCCUGACCUCCAUGACAGGUGAGGGAGCCCUGCCUUUCCAAGGGACAGCCGGGAUCUGUGAAUCUGUGGCUGAGCAGGACAACAAACUCUCGGAGCAAGUUCGGCUCAACAGCUCAGGCAGCCCAUGUAGCUUCUGACCUACAGAGUUGAUUUGCCUGGUGGCUAAGCUUCUGUCGCUUCCAGCAUAAGUCCUCCAGGAGACUCCCUUCCAAUGAUGAGCUAUCAAAGAAGAUGACAUCCCCAACUAGAGGAACACCAUUCUUUGAGCAAGAAGAUAGGAGUAGAAAAAUAAGGGUAUCCUCAGAUGCUCCCACAAAAGGGGAAAAGAUGAGUACGAUGGCUGACCUGUGCUCUUCCUGGAUCUUCGUCAACGAGAGGACAUUCAUUACCAGGGAACAACUUAAUUCUUUAUUGAAGACCUAUAACAUUUUUUAUGAGAACCAGAAAAACCUCCAUAUUUUAUGUGGACAGACAGAAGAUGGCAAACUAAUUGUCGAAGGAAUGUUGGACAUUUUCUGGGGAGUAAAACGGCCUAUACAGCUAAAAAUACAAGAUGAGAAACAAAUCCCUUCUUUUACUAGGUUGAAGUCACCAGAUGUCUUUUCCAAAAGGGGAAUGACACGCUGGGGAGAAUUUGAUGAUCUUUACCGUAUUAGUGAUCUGGACAGAACCCAGAUUCCAGCAUCUAAAAGAACAGAUUCCCAAGAAGAUUAUUUAUCUUAUCACAGUAGCACUCUGAAGCUUUAUGCAGAGGAAGAGCCAGAAUCCCCAUUGCUCUAUCGAACCAUGAGUGAAGCAACCCUGGUGAGAAAAAGGAUGAAGCCUCCAAUGAUGGACAGAAAAGACAGACAGAAGCAUAGGGCCUCUAUUAAUGGGCACUUCUAUAACCAUGAAACGUCAGUUUUCACUCCUGCCUUUGGAUCAGAAACUAAAGUCAGAAUAAACAGUCAUAUGAGAACUGAAGAAGUAAUAGAGCAACUUCUCCAAAAAUUUAAGAUUGAAAACAGUGCCCAAGAUUUUGCACUUUACAUUGUUUUUGCAACAGGAGAGCAGAGGCGGCUGAAGAAGACAGAUGUUCCACUACUGCAUAGGCUGAUACAGGGACCUUCCAAAGAGAAUGCUCGCAUUUUCCUCAUGGAUAAAGAUGCAACAGAAAUUAGCAGUGAUGUGGCUCAGUACAUUAACUUUCAUUUUCCUCUCCUGGAAUCCAUCCUUCAAAGAUUAAAUGAAGAAGAGAAAAGAGAGAUUCAAAGAACAAUAACAAAAUUCAGUAGAGAAAAGGCUAUUAUACAGAGAUAUCUUCAAAAUAAACGGGCAGUAAAAACUGAGACAACAGUUUAGCAGGUUAGGCUGCAAUUGCUGAAACACUUCAACAAAAUUAGAGGGAUAUUACUAUUUGAUGAAUGCAUAAAGUCCAUACCUGCAUUCAUACAAAUGUCUAUGAACUUGAAUCUGUGGAAAAUUGAAUGUUGAAAAAGCUUGUCCCUCUUUGAAGUGAUGAGGUUACCCAGGCUUCACAGUUGCACCAAAAGGAGCUUGAAUUUGUUUCAGUAACUGAAACAAGCUUGGAUACUGUGUAUCCCCAAUACUUUUUAUAGUAAAACACUCCAUGAACUCUAA